AUGGCUCGUUCCCUCUCUAACGUUAAGAUCGUCUCUGCUUUCGUCUCUCAAGAACUCUCCAAUGCAAUCUUCCGACGCGGUUUUGCUGCGACGGUGGCUCAAGGGAGCGUUUCGAGCGGUGGAAAAAGUGGAGGAGCUGUUGUUUCGGCUGUGAUGAAGAAAAAGGGAGUGGAAGAAUCGAACAAGAAGAUUUCUUGGAUUCCUGAUCCCAAAACCGGUUAUUACAGACCGGAAACCGGUUCUAACGAGAUUGACCCGGCUGAGCUACGAGCAGCUCUUUUGAACAACAAGCAGUGA